AUGACUUCAGUCUCCAUCCACUCAGCCCUCCGCGCUCUGUCGGCCCUCGUUGUGGUCUCUGUCGCCGUCCUCCUCUCGUGCAGUUCCGGCGUCGUCCAGUCUACCCCUACUCCCGCCCUUGCCUCGGCCAUCGCGGAUAUCGGCGGCAUUUCGAGGACCCACGAUACUGUCUCUCUGACCAAAGAUGAAAUUGAGAAGUCUACCAUGAUCAUCAACGGUAUUGGAGCCAAACCCAGGAUGCGUCGCGCCCUUGAGCAAGAGGAUCCAGUCCAGGUUAUCAACGGUAUUGGAGCCAAACCCAGGAUGCGUCGCGCCCUUGAGCAAGAGGAUCCAGUCCAGGUUAUCAACGGUAUUGGAGCCAAACCCAGGAUUAACAGUCGGCUUCAAAAUCUGGCCUUCAAACUAUUGGACCCAGUUCGUCUGGACACGAUUCAAUGCGGACUUCUGGAACCCAUCGCUCGAGGCAGGCUUGACAAACUGACGGUUAUCUGUCUGACCGGAGUCAAUGAUCGGAUGAAGGCGUCAACUUACAUGACAAGAACGCUUCUAAGGUGUCUCCAGGGCUGUCCGCUCCUACAGCUACUGGAACUGAAUGCUAUUCGAUUGGUGGACACGGCCGAAGAAUGGAGCAACGCAAUCAAGCUUCCAUUCAGCAGCCCCAAAAGCCCCCCUCCGUUCAAAGUUUUCCAGGAUCUCUUGUCUCGGAUACCGUGGAGGAGAAGCAGGCCAACUCCAAAUGCGUCUGAUGCACAGGUCGCAGAUGUUGCAAAUGUCAACGCUAUCACACAACCUCGCCCGUCUGAUAUCUCGUCUCGAUCCGAGGCUUUCCUGCCCUCCGACCCCCUUCAAGAGACUUCGGAACUCGAUGAAGACUACAAGGCCAAAUACCUCACAACCAUAAAACUAAUCAAAAUUUUCACCAAGGGCCCACACAGGAUACACCUUUACCCACAAACUGUUCAAACGGGCCCCAAAUCUCACGCAUCUGACCGUCAAUUCAACGCCGACCAACAUCGACUUCAGAUCAGCGAAUCUCUCAACGACAGCAGCAAGAUCGUGGGCAGUAGUAGCGAGGACGCGCUAUGGUCGAGAUUGACAACGCUCAGACUGGUCCAUUGUCAGGUCGACGAUCAGAUGCUAGAGAGUAUUUCGGACGAGUUCAAACGAUACCGACUCAAGCACCUUAUGGUUACCGACUGUGCGCAUCACAGCACUUGGUCUGGCAAGGUUCCUGGGACAGUGCUGGUCACUCGAGACGGCUUAUGUCGGUGA